AUGAGCUUCCUCAUUACCCCAGUUACUCAAGCUAUCCUGUAUCAGGGCUCGUACAACUUAUGGUCGAACGGGUUUUGGAAGGAGCUUUUCGACGAUGUUGGUGACCUCUUUGAUCUUGGCAAUCGAAGUGUCGCUCAGGUCCUUCCUGAUUGCCUUAUGGCCCCCUCGUUAACCUCACCGCCAAAUGACACUGAAUGCAUAUACAAGGCAGCUAGCGGAGAGGAGUUUCUCACCAUCCGCGAUGUCGAAUUCUAUGGCGAUGAUGCGCUGGUCAUCUGGUCGAUCCCCCGCCCUGAUUUCGAGAUCGCUUCCGAAAAGAGGUUCGAGAGCCCUCGACUCUGGAAAUCUACUUUUCCCGUCAACUCGGUUUCUCCCCUUCUCGCUAUAGGCGCACUGAAUAUCCUUCUCACGGGCUCCGUGCCGCUGUCUAGUAGGCUCACAGAAGGAGCCACUACGUCAGCAGCGGAUCCCAAAGCGCCUUAUGCCCUUCCCACGCUCACAAUCACGUCCUUUUUCCACGCUGCCCUCGCCUUUUACGGUUAUACUAUGUGGACCGAGACCGGCGUUUUCUCGUUUGCGCUUGGUACGAUUGGAAGUGGCUUCUUCUGUGCUGUUGCGCUGUGGUGCAUCUUGUUUGCAAGCAGUGAUGGACGUAUCAGCCGUAAGACAGGCGCCGAUAAGCGUACAAGCGGAUUUCCCUUCAAGAACACGCAGGCACAUUCAGAGCAGAAGAAGGGCAGGUAA